UUUUUUUUUAUUUUUAGAAAUCAAAUGCAAUACAAGCAGUCGAUAGCCUGGGUUCAUUUUGAGCAGGAGAUAGAUUCAUUAAAUGUUUCUUGCAAAAUAUGUAAUCAAGUGCUUAUAAGAGGUGAUAAAUCAACAAAAGGUUUAUGGAGUCAUUUAAUGCACAAACAUCAAAAUGAAUAUCUUUUAUUACGAAUUUCUCAAAGUGGAGUGCAAAAUCAGGUUGUUUCCAAUAUUCCAAAGCAGGAGCGAAACGACGAAUCAACUAUUGAUGUAGUAAACAUUGAUGGGCCCAUUAACAAUUCCUUGUCGCAAAGUACAUCCCAAAUUUCUAAAAAGAACCGCGAGAAAUAUUGUCACGCCGGUUAUUCCUACAUUAGAGACGGCCAAAACUCCACAGGUGAAAAAAUGUUUUGGCGUUGUGACAGAAAUCGCUCUAUUGGUUGUAAAGGACGUGUUCACACUGCUGCUGAUGCUGAACGGACAUUCUUAAGUUUGGUCACUCCUCAUGAUGAAUACUGCAAUGGGGACAAUAUUUUAAUAAUUGGGGAUCACAAAAACAUUAUCCGUGUGCGAACAAAAAUUCCUACACAAAAAAGAAAACAAAGUCUCAAAGAAAAUGAUUUACAAACAAAACGUCUAAAAUCUGAAGGAAAUUUAAUUAAUGUUAAAUCUGAAUGGGAACACUCAACUUUUGAUGAUUUUGAACAACAGUGUUCAACAACAACAAUAGGCACAUUAAUGCAACAAAUUCAACAAACAGAAAUGGAACCCAUGAAUGCCCAUCUUUUUGUUGAAUUAAUGGCUCAAUUUUUUGGUCAGGGUUGGAUGUUGGGAAGUUCUGGGGGAAUGGCUGCAAUUACUCAAUCUUUGGGGAAUGGAGAGGAUGGGGGAGAUUGUCUUUUACUUGUUUCCCCCUCUUCUGUCCCAAAAGAACGUUUAACAGAACAGGACCUUUUUGCUUUUGAUUUAAAAUGUAUUCAAGAACGUUGUGAUGAUAUUUGUUUAUCUACAAAUCCAAUUUUUGGACCAACACAUUUAAGGCCGAGUGCUUGUACUCCCCUAUUUUUACUUUUGUUACAAUCAACGCCUGGAACUAGUUGUGUUAUUCAUACACAUUCAAAAUAUGCAAAUUUGGUUACUGUCCUCUUUGCUCAACGCAAUUGUCUAGAAAUUACAAAUCAAGAAAUGCUUAAAGGUGUAAUGGAUCGACGCAAUUGGCGUUCAUUUCAAAAUACUGACAAAUUUAUUCUUCCAAUUGUUGAAAAUAAACCACAAGAGCAGGAUUUACUUCCAAUUUUGAAAGAAGCAAUAGACAAAUAUCCCCAUUCCCCAGCAUUUCUUGUUAGACGACACGGAUUAUUUGUUUUGGGUCCAAGUUGGCAAAAGACUAAAGUUAUGCUGGAAUGUUUAGAAUAUUUGUUAGAAUUAAUUUGGGAAAUGGGAAAGGCGGGAAUUGAUGAUAUUUAA